AUGGCUUCCUCUGCCUCUCCCCUGAAAUCCCUCCCCGAAGACCUCCUAAUCCAAAUUCUCACUCGAUUACCGGUAAAAUCCAUCCUCCGAUUCAAAUCCGUCUCCAAACGAUGGUCAACUCUCCUCACAACACCUCAAUUCACCGCCGCCCACCUCCGCCGCUCUGCCUCCGACAACCCCCUGCUCAUCAUCCGCCACGGCCAAACCACCGGUGACCUCCUAAUCUCCGUGCUCGACUCAAAUCUCGCAACCCUCCACCGCGAUUUGCCGGUGCCCGUCCCGAGAUACGACGAUUUCUCCGCCUCGAUCGUCGGUUCCUGCAACGGCCUGCUCUGUCUCGAGUACAGAACCACCAGAGCAGCGCUCUGGAACCCUGCCACCAAGCAGUUCGCCUGGAUCCCGGACCUGGACCUCCGAUCCCCUUUCCGCCACGUGACGAGGUUCGUCGCCAUCGCGGAGAGCUACGGGUUCGGGUUCAACGGCGAGAUUGAGGAUUACAGGUGGGUGAAAUUCGCCGGAUUUUACUACAGGGACUGGAGCAGAGAAGACGAAGCGAUAUGGGAAAGUUUGGAAGUGAAGGCGGCGGUGUUCUCGUGGAAGAGCUGGUCGUGGAAGGAACUGAGAGGUGCCCGGAUUCCGGCUGCUUCUUACGGCCAUGCGGUGGCUGCAAACGGGCAUCUGUACUGGAUCGGGGGAGGGGACGGGAUGAGGGAUUUCGUGCUGGCGUUCGAUCUCGUGGCGGAUUCGUUUCGGAUUGUCGAUUUGCCCGAGGCUCGGCCUGAUGAUGGUGGAUUGCUGAGGCUCGACAUCGAGGCGAGGAUCGCGGCGUUCAGGAGCUGCCUGGAAUUGAGGUUGUACGAUGAUGAUGAGUUGGAGGUGUUGGUGAUUGGGGAGAAUGGGGUGGACAUGAGAGGGGAGACGUGGGAGUUUAUGUGUGGAUACGGCUGGUUUGAUGGUUCUACUGAUCGAGAAACGGUUGAAAGUUGUUGUGAGGGGUUGUGGAAGGGGCUUCAGAUGUUUAGACUGAUGCGAGGAGGGAGCAGGGAUCAUCUGUACUUGUUUGAUCCGGGAAGCAGAGUGAUUCGUCGGUUUGACGAUCUCGUUGGUAUUGUGUUUGGAGUUGGCAGUUUUGUACAUAGUCUUGUUCCGGUUCGAGGUGUGAAAAAUGGUGUUGAGUUGUGA